AUGAAAUCAACCUGGCAGCCACCACGAGACUACCAAAACCGCCCUGUUACCAUUCUUGGUGCGGGUGUACUUGGUCGUCGAGUAGGAUGUAUUUGGGCAUCAGCCGGCUACAACGUUCAUCUUCGAGACCCCAGCGAGAAACAACGAUUGGACGGAAUUGCAUAUAUUCGAGACAAUGUCCAAGCAUACAGCUCCAAGACUGGAAAAACUCCCGGAUUGUUUGAGGCAUUCGAUAACAUGGAAGAUGCAGUUGCAAAUGCCUGGCUUGUGAUUGAGGCUGUUCCUGAGAAGAUCGAACUCAAAGUCGCCACGUUUGCUGAAUUGGAAACUAUUGCUGCCAACGACUGUAUUUUGGCUUCCAACUCAUCUUCAUACAAGUCUUCCGAAAUGAUCAGCAAGGUCACCGAUCAGACUAAGAGUCGCAUUCUGAACAUGCAUUAUUAUAUGCCACCUCAGUGUAUGAUCGUGGAGCUGAUGACGGAUGGAUACACUUCUCCUGAGAUAUUUCCUUUCAUGGUUGACCGUUCGAAAGAAGUCGCUACUGUCCCUUAUGUGGCAAGGAAGGAGUCCACUGGGUUUAUUUUCAAUCGACUCUGGGCGGCUGUGAAGCGGGAGGUUUUGACCAUUCUUGCUGAAGGUGUGUCAGUUCCAGAAGAAAUCGAUGGCAUGUGGCAGGAGAUGUUCAUCAAAGGGGCAACUCUUCCCUGCAGGAUGAUGGACAAUAUCGGCCUCGACACCGUUGCCUUCAUCGAGAGUCAUUACGCACAUGAACGUGGACUUUCUUCAGCGAAGACUGUCGACUUUUUGAAAACCAAUUAUCUUGAUCAAGGCAAGCUGGGAACUAAGUCUUCGCAAGGCGGCCUCUAUCCUCCGGGUGAUAUCUCGACUGUCACCAGGGUCAGUCCCAAAGAACCUGAAAUUUUGGUCUUGGAUGUAGGCCUCUCGGCUUCUGAGCCUAGCAUCACGUCAGGGCAAAUACUGAAGGUCACCGCGAACGGGGAGCUUCGGGAAACAAUUUUGAAAGGCCAAGCCCUUCCUGACGGACUGGCAAUUGACUCCACCUGCAACCGAAUGUUUUGGACUUGCAUGGGAGUUCCAGGCAAGUCUGAUGGAGCAGUAUACUCUUCCAACCUUGACGGGUCCGAUAUCAAGACUCUGGUGGCUCCGGGUGUUGUGAAUACGCCUAAGCAACUUGCUCUUGAUUCCGUGGCACAGAAGAUAUACUUCUGUGAUCGGGAAGGGUGUCGAGUCUACCGCUGUGGAUUCGACGGUUCUAAUUUGGAGGUGUUGGUCGACAACGUUGCCAAUGACCUUACAUCGGAAGAAAUCGUCUUGAACUGGUGUGUGGGCAUUGCAGUCAGUCCAAGCCUAGGGAAAUUCUAUUGGACACAGAAAGGACCGUCAAAGGGUGGCAAAGGCCGCAUCUUCUGUGCCGACAUCACAAGGCCUAAAAGCGUGCAGUGCAUCCUGGGUGGUCUUCCUGAGCCGAUUGAUAUUGAAAUAGACGCAAGUUCUCGCACCCUUUAUUGGACUGACCGUGGAGAACUUCCCUGGGGAAACUCAUUGAACAAAAUCAGCUUGGGUGAAACUGGCCUUCCUCAUCUAGCUGGGUCCAAUGCGAAGCAUCAGACCAUCACCAGAGGGCUGAAUGAAGCCAUUGGCCUAAAGCUUGAUAUUGCCAAUUCUCACAUCUACCUCACAGAUUUGGGUGGAAGUAUCUACCGGUGCGAUCUGGAUGGCAGUCAUAAGCAAAAGAUCUACUCUGAAGAUCAUCGGGCCUUUACUGGGAUUGCUCUUCUAGGGCUGUGA